UGAUCAGUAAUCUUGUCUCUCUCUCUAUAUAUAACCGUGAUCGUUCCUUCUGAGUUAAUGAUUAGACCAAACUUAACGUACACAUUUGUACACAACACUAACACACAAAAAAUAACCCCAAAUGAUAUAUCUAGAUUUAGGUAGAAUCGCUCCUUUGUACACCACACCAAUGACAAAAACUCUUGAGAUUGACAUAAGAUCUGCAGAGGGGCUUAAGGUAAACCGGAGACCGGUCAAGAGAAAAACUUUCGCCGUCGCAAGGAUCGGUGAGAAAUCUCGAACUUCUAAUCCUGACGAAUCGGGAGGAAGCAAUCCAACAUGGAACUUUAAGUCGGAGAUUCCGAUAAAUUCUAGUGUACAGUUUAUCUCCAUUGAGGUAUUUUAUCGAACAGGUUCUAGGCGUGUGAAGAAAAUCGGGGAAGCUAAAAUCCCAGCGACGGAUUUCAUGGGAAGGUAUUCCCCUGAAGGUCACUUUAAUUUCUUGAGCUAUAGAUUAAGAGAUGAAUUUGGGGAUAAGUGUGGAAUCGUGAACGUUUCGAUCUUGGUUAAACCCGAUUCCACAGAAUCGACGACGGCGAUGAAUGAUUACGGUGCGUGCUCGUCGCAAGCGGCGGAGACUGGUUUGUGGAGACCCAGAUCGGAGCCCCUGUCGAUUGAUGGAUAUGGUGGUGGCCGGAUUGUUACCGGAGUUCCGAUUUGGUGUGUGAUUCAACGGCCAACAUAGAUUGGUGUUUGGCUGCACAGAUUACUACACUUCGUCUCUGUUGUAAGGAUUCUCUGAAUUCGAAACUGUUUGAACAUAAAAAGAUGUUUGGUUAAUUUACUUUAUAUAUACUCAAAAGCUGAUUUUAUUGUUUGGAAACAAAACUGAUUACAAGGUUGAAAAAAUAAAGUCAAAUUUUGUUCGAU